UCACUCUAUGGUGAGCCUACGUCACGACUCACGAUUGACAGAUUGACACCUACCGCACUGAUAAGAGCCAGCAAGCAGCGAAAACAUCUUUUAAUUUCAAACAUAUACUCUGAAUCAAAAUCACUACUAAUAUUUUCAAGCCCUAAAUCCACCGUCACAAACUAUGGAUGUCUUUGGAGACAAUUUUGAGGAGAAUGAUGUAGACCCUGCGGCAGAAUUUUUAGCCAGAGAACAAGAUCAAUUAGCAGGCCUGGAAGAUGAAAUUAAACCAGCAAAUGUACCCGCAAGUGCCCAAGUAGUCAAUGGAAUUAGUACAAUUGAUGAUUCCACGCCUGAAGAACCUGCAGAGACUGAAAGGCCUCAAAAUCCACCAAAUGAUGAGGAUCCUUUACGGUCAAUGAGUCCAGAUAUUAAAACAACACCUCCUCGAUCUAUCAGUCCCAAAGGGAGAUUAUUCUCCACCCCGCCCCCCACGAAACCUGCCGUUGCUCGUGAAGAACCAGAAAAAAUCAAAAUUUGGCGGGAAGAACAAAAGAAAAGAUUAGAAAUCAAAGAUGCUGAAGAAGAGAAGAAAAAAGAAGAACUGAGGAUUGCUGCGAAAAAAGAGUUGGAGGAGUGGUAUAAACAUCAUAAAGAGUUAAUCGCUAAAACCAAAGCUGCCAACCGAGAAUCUGCUAUAAAUGCUGAGAAGCAAUUUGUCGCCGAGUCUGAUGAAAUCGAACCUGGCACUGAAUGGGAGAGAAUAGCUAAACUUUGCGACUUCAACCCAAAAGCCAGCAGAUCCAGCAAAGAUACCUCACGCAUGCGCUCUAUCAUCCUGCAAUUAAAACAACAACCCCUGAAAAAAGGUGAAACUGCAUAGUCGAAUCGUUCACAGCCAACCCAAAGUGUAUUUCAUAUGCAAUUUUGUAUUUAUCGAUUCUAUACUUGUAAACACUAUUAGUUUAUUGUUCAAUCCUAAGUCAUAGUUUAUGUUAUAUGCAUGAACCUUGCUUCAUCCAUGGACAAUGUAUAUGUAUAUGUAUAAUUGAAAGUCCAAGUGUCCAAGGAUGUACGCUGCAUUCCAGAUUUUAUUUAUAUUUCUUGUGAUCUGUAAACACUGUCACCAUUUCAAAAUUUUACUUUUAAGAAAAUCUAUAAUCAAUUGUUGUUUGAGUGUAUAGAUCUGCCUUUGAUGAAAGUGUUCAGUAGUGGUCUUUAAAGAGAUCAUUUUGGCCUCAAAAAAUUUGAGUUGCUUAACGAUUGUAACAAAAAAAAGUCCACUCAAAAGUUGUCCGUGACUGCUGAACAUCAAUCUUUCAAUAGAAUUUGUGGCUUGUCCAACUUAUAAUUUGAUUAUUAGGGUACAAGUCAUUUUCAUUGAUCUCUCAGAGCAUGUCUGUCUAUUUUCAUACUACCAACCGGCUGAAUAAUGAUUUAGGUCAAAGAACUUUUGUUCACUUUGUUAGUAUUUUGAUUUUAUCUUAACUUUAUUACCAGGCUUUGAAAUUGUACUUAUGCCUCUUUAUGGUCACCAUUUUCUGGUAUUAACGUGUUACAUAUUUCAGUAACCUGACUUUCAGAAAGUGUGGCUUGAAUCACCCAGUAGAACUAUUGAACCUCAAUAAAAAUCAUUAUAUAAGAGAUGAGUUGUUAACAUAAUGGAAA